UCAAGUCGCCCUCACCUUUUGUUUUUCUGUUUUUUCCUUCUUCUCUUUUUGGUGUCCUGUUAAAACGACUGUUGUUCGUCAGAUCCACUGCGGCGACUCAUCAUCUCUUCUCUUUUCAGUUCUUCACUUGUUUUUCAACUCAUCUUUUUUCUGUCAUCCCCUCAAGCAAUGGAUUGUGUGAGCCCAAUCUUGGACGUCGCCACCCGCUUGUGGGAUUGCACCGCCAAGCGUGUAGUUUAUAUUCGUGAGCUUGAAAAAAAUCUCAACUCUCUGGAGCGCUUGACGAAGGAACUGAGCAACUUAAGAACGGAUGUGAUGGCAGAAGUUGAGCGUGAGGAGAAGGAGGAGGUACCACAGCGUAGGCGUAAAAAUGAAGUGGGUGGUUGGCUCAGCGCUGUACAAGCCAUGGAAGAACAAGUGGAAGAAAUAUUGCAAAAUGGGCGUCAAGAAAUCCAACAGAAAUGUCUCGGAACCUGUCCCAAGAAUUGUAGGUCAAGAUACAGGCUGGGGAAGACUGUGACUGAAAAGAUUAAUGCUGUGACUGAAUUAACGGACAAAGGGCAUUUUGAUGUUGUGACUGAUAGGUUGCCUCGUGCUCCGGUGGAUGAGAGGCCGAUGGGGAAGACUGUGGGCUUAGACUUGAUGUUCGAGAAGGUUCGGAGAUGCCUGGAAGAUGAGCAAGUAAGAAGUAUUGGGUUGUAUGGAAUUGGGGGUGCUGGAAAAACGACCCUCUUGAAGAAAAUCAAUAAUGAGUAUUUUGGUAGAAGUAACGAUUUUGAUGUGGUGAUAUGGGUAGUGGUGUCGAAAUCAAUCAGCAUAGAGAAAAUUCAAGAAGUGAUUCUGAAGAAAUUAACGAUCCCAGAGCACAACUGGAAGAGUAGUACCAAGGAGGAGAAGGCUGCAGAAAUUUUCAAGUUGUUGAAAGCCAAAAACUUUGUGAUAUUGCUUGAUGAUAUGUGGGAGCGACUCGAUCUCUUGGAGGUGGGGAUCCCUGAUUUGAGUGAUCAAACGAAGUCCAGAGUAGUACUACUCACUACGAGAUCUGAACGAGUAUGCGAUGAAAUGGAAGUUCAUAAGAGGAUGAGGGUAGAGUGUUUGACACCGGAUGAAGCAUUUUCUCUGUUCUGUGAUAAGGUUGGUGAGAAUAUCCUGAAUUCACAUCCGGAUAUAAAAAGGCUUGCUAAGAUUGUUGUUGAAGAAUGUGAAGGACUGCCUCUUGCCCUCGUCGUCAUUGGGCGAUCAAUGGCUAGCAGGAAAACUCCUCGGGAAUGGGAGCAAGCAUUACAAGUGCUGAAGAGUUACCCAGCAGAGUUUUCAGGUAUGGGAGAUCAUGUAUUUCCAAUUUUGAAAUUCAGUUACGAUCACUUGGACAAUCAUACCAUCAAAUCAUGUUUCCUAUAUUGUUCUAUAUUCCCUGAAGACAGUAUAAUUGAGAAUGAAGAACUCAUAGAUCUUUGGAUCGGGGAGGGGUUUGUAAACAAAUUUGCUGAUGUACACAAAGCUCGCAAUCAAGGAGAUGGGAUUAUUAGAAGCUUAAAACUUGCGUGUCUCUUGGAAGGUGAUGUAUCGGAAAGCACUUGUAAGAUGCAUGAUGUGAUCCGUGACAUGGCUCUUUGGUUAUCAUGUGAAUCUGGGGAAGAAAAGCACAAAAGUUUUGUACUAAAACAUGUUGAGUUGAUUGAAGCAUAUGAAAUUGUGAAAUGGAAAGAAGCUCAACGGAUUUCACUAUGGCAUUCUAAUAUCAAUGAAGGACUCUCUCUAUCACCCCGUUUCCUCAAUCUCCAAACUUUGAUUUUGAGAAAUAGUAACAUGAAGUCACUUCCAAUUGGAUUCUUCCAAUCCAUGCCUGUCAUAAGAGUUUUGGAUUUGUCAGACAAUAGAAAUUUAGUGGAGUUGCCUUUGGAGAUUUGCAGAUUAGAGAGUUUGGAAUAUCUGAAUCUAACAGGGACGAGUAUAAAAAGGAUGCCUAUAGAACUGAAGAAUUUGACAAAACUGAGGUGUUUGAUGUUAGACCAUGUAGUGGCGCUUGAAGUAAUUCCAUCAAAUGUGAUAUCUUGCCUUCCAAAUUUGCAGAUGUUUAGAAUGCUGCACGCCUUGGAUAUUGUAGAAUAUGAUGAAGUUGGAGUGUUGCAGGAGCUGGAGUGCUUGGAAUACCUCAGUUGGAUAAGUAUCACCUUACUUACAGUCCCAGCUGUUCAAAUAUAUCUCACCUCCUUGAUGCUGCAAAAGUGCGUACGAGAUCUAUGCUUGAUGACGUGCCCAGGUUUGAAGGUGGUGGAGCUGCCACUUUCGACUUUGCAAACACUCACUGUGCUUCGAUUUGAAUAUUGUAAUGAUUUGGAACGUGUUAAAAUAAAUAUGGGACUGUCUCGAGGUCAUAUCUCAAACUCAAACUUCCACAACCUUGUUAAGGUGUUUAUUAUGGGAUGUCGAUUCUUGAACCUGACUUGGCUUAUUUAUGCUCCAAGCCUUGAGUUCCUGUCAGUUCGUGCUAGUUGGGAAAUGGAAGAAAUUAUAGGGAGUGAUGAGUAUGGAGACUCAGAAAUUGACCAACAAAAUCUCAGCAUAUUCUCAAGACUUGUGACGUUACAGUUGGAAGAUCUCCCAAAUCUGAAGAGUAUCUACAAGCGAGCUUUGCCAUUUCCUUCCCUCAAAGAGAUCAAUGUGGGUGGUUGUCCAAAUCUAAGGAAAUUGCCAUUGAAUUCCAAUAAUGCCACCAACACUUUAAAAGAAAUUGCGGGGCAUCCAACCUGGUGGGAGCAGUUGGAGUGGGAGGAUGACAACCUCAAGCGCAUUUGCACUCCGUAUUUCAAAAAAAGGUAUUAGAGUUCUAUGUCAUGGAGGUUUGUUGGAAUUGUUGGGUUUCCUUCAUUUCCUUUCCUCCCUGUUUUCUAACAAACCCAUUGGCCUUCCUCUCCCAGGAGAAGUUUUUGAAGAACAUUUGGUGCAAUUGUUGAGUAAUCGGAUGGUGGGAAUGCAUAGGAAGGACAUCAAAAUAGUAAUUGUGAAGAAAGAACUUUUUGUAUGUAUGUGUAUUGUGAAGUUUUAAGGUGAUCAAUUUCCUAUGUUUCUAUAAAAUUUGACUAUUCUUAGCUUAA